AUGUACCUUAUCAAACAUCUCAGCGCUACGCCAACGAUCUCGGCACAAGGUGCUCCUCCUCCUCCUGUGUCACUAGCCGAUCUUGAUCCCCAAUCUGCCCUGCGUGCUAAUAAAGAAGUGUUCUUCUUUCGUUUGGAGCGCGAGAUUGAAAAAGUAAAUGCAUUCUAUUUGCAAAAAGAGUCAGAGUUUUCAACCCGGUUAAAGACACUACUCGACAAGAAACGUGUUGUCCAGACUCGCACCCAUGGAGACUCCAAAGCGCCCACAUAUUUCGUCUCUCUGUUUGAAGGGUUUCUGCAAUUCGACAGUGAUUUGAAUAAGCUGCAGAUACUCAAGAAGUGGGAUAAAACGUCAAAGUCUCGAAUGAAAGAGCUCUACCUCCAACGCGCCGUUGAAGUUCAACCAUGUUUCAACAGAGAAGUUCUGCGUGACCUAUCGGACAGAGCGACCACUGUGCGCUUGGAUUUGGAAGCGUGGGCCGAGGGAGAGAAUAUUCGAUUUGACGUUGCUCGGUCAACUGAACGAACAGAAACCGGGUAUCCGAGUGAAGAUGAUGAAUCAGAUCUUCAGGUCGUCCACAUCGCGGCUGCAGGGAACCUGAGUGCAUUAGAAGAAUGGGUCACAAAGGUUCGAGCUACUUCUGAUGCUCGUGAACGCACUACACGUUUGUUCUUAGCCGCCCUCAACGAAGUGCCAAACGAUAUUCUAGGAGUUAUACUCGAAAGUGGUCUAGUGGAUUUGCAUGCUGAAGAUGACAUCAACGGACGAAACUGUCUUCACGAGGCAGCAAUCUCAGACCAGACGUUUGUCUUCGAGGCCGGACUUUCAAAUGGUGUCGACAUUUCAAGGCCCGACGUUUACGGAAGGAUUCCCCUUCACUACGCUUGUAUGUAUGGACGUGUCGAAAUGGCUCGCAAACUUCUCAUUGCCGGGCCCGAUACGGUGAACAGUCUUGACCAUGACAACUUCACGCCCCUUAUCCACAGCAUCGUGCGGAAUAAAUUUGCAUGUGCAGAGCAACUUAUAAAUAACAAAGCAAGAAUUGAACCCAUUUCUGAGGCUGAUCAUAUUCCUCUGAAUAUGGCCUGCCAACAUGGAACGGUUUCCAUCGCCAACUUGUUGUUGCAGAAAGGGGCUUCUCUGCUUCCAGAUGCCGAAGGCCUCUACCCUCAACACCUUGUCGCUCGCUCAGGUCGAGCGCCAGAGCUUUUAUCGUUACUUAAAGACCACGGCGCGGACUUGAAUCAGAAUGAUAAGUUAUACCAGUGGACUCCAUUAUUUCAUGCUGCCAGUGAAGGUUGCGUGAGCUGUUUGCGUAGCCUUCUCGAUCUUGGUGUGGAUACAUCAGUUUUGGAUGAAAAGGGGCUUUCGGCGAUGUACUACGCUGCGUGGGAAGGGCAUCUUGAAUGUAUGGCCCUUCUUUGGUCUAAGCAGGAUCAAUCAUUACCUCACCGUCCUCUUGUUAGCCCUCAAGUAGCGCUGCCAAUGGGCGGUACGGCCAUUGGGUACGAUGGCUUCCGCACUGACACCGCUCCAUCCGCAUUGAGCACUGAAGCCGCUGAUGGCAUUCCUGAUCUCGAAUUACCUCCUCCUAUCAUCCCGUUAAGACGAUACGGACAUAACUUUCUGGAUACAAAAGCUUUUGUUCAGCUCUAUUUCGACUUGUCGAAUCGGGGGCCGAUUAUGUUCGACCAGACCGGGCGUCAUCCCGCUUCCCGUCUAACAAUUUCAUCCAAACUGUCGGAUGUGAUUCCGCGCACCAUUAUGCUUCCAGUUCAGGAAGAUUCACGAAUUGUUACCUUCCAAGUCGAUUCCUUGGACAAUUUUGUUAUAGAAUUCGAGAUCUUCCCCACAUUUGGUUCUAAAGUAAUAGCAAAGACCGUGGCUCUACCAUCACUCUUUGCUGCCGAGAAUUCGAGUGCAGGAAACUGCUCAUUGCCAUUGUUCGACCCAAGGUUACGUUCAAUAGGUCAGAUCCGCUUCAACUUCCAGGUCAUAAAACCAUACUACGGAGACCCACUGGAAAUUACACACUUUGCUACCUAUUGGAAAGCAACCAACGCCAUUGAUACGGACCAUAACGGGUUGAUUACAGGCUCAAGUCUGUCUGGAGACUAUGUGCAACUCUUUUUGCAGCUCACAAAGGACAAGAAACCUGUACUGUACCCGCAAUUCUCUAUCAACCACCACGGUAUUGAUGUGCCCAUUUGCACAAUCACCUUUGAACAAUUCUCAACCAUCGCCCGUGAACAAGGCGUUGACUCUUCGGCAAUACUCGAAAGUUUGCACACCAAAACACCCAGUGACAUCGCUAUUGUCCACAAACAACUUGCAACAUCCUUCUUGUCUCUACAAGAUGUUCUCUUACAUCUCCCUACCAGCAUCCACGUGAAUCUUUCCGUUCUCUAUCCGUCGUCUGCGGAAGAAAAAGCCCUCGGCCUGGCCUCCUUGGCAGAUAUCAACAACUUUGCGGACUGCAUUCUUCAUGUUGUUUUCGAUCACGCCAGAGCCUCGCGCGAGAAAAGUCCAGAUUUCAUGCGCUCCAUUGUUUUCACUUCGUAUAAUCCCAACAUCUGCACUGCCUUGAACUGGAAACAACCAAACUAUCCCGUCCUUUUAUGCAAUGACCUGGGACAGAUUGGAGAUUUUACUCGAGAAUUCAACAUCAGCUCGGCAAUCCAGUCAAGCGGUCAUGCAUCCACGUCUAUCAAAGAAGCUGCGCGUAUAGCCCAGUCCAAUAAUUUCAUGGGUCUGAUCUGCCGGUCAAGUCUAUUGAACGUCAUGCCUGCUCUCAUCGAGACGAUCAAAGAACAGGGUCUGGUAUUGAUAGCUGACACAUCCGAGGAAACAGCUUCAACAAAUAUCAUCGACGAUCCUCCGUCGAAGACCAAUACUAUCAGAGCAGCCACAGAGUGGGCAUAUAGAACGCCAGAUGGCGUUAACGGUGUAAUGAAAUCUUCCGGAGUGCUCCGUUUCAACGAAAGUAUCGACAUGUGA